AUGAAGACCCAAAACACCAAAGGUGUUACGUCAUCGUCACCUUCCCGCCGGCGAAAGCCUCGCUUUACUCUGCGAGGCCGAAAAAAGAAAGACGGUGUGAUCCAAGGCAAACUGCGCCUACGUUCCAUUGCCGGAGCCUUCCUGGUGUUGGGGGUCGUCGUUGUCAUGGUGGGCACCGCUCUAGCGGUGGCCGGAUACAGAAUGUCACGUCUGUCUGUUCUGGGAGCUGCAGAAAACAAUCGUGAUACCCAACCUAGAGGGAAUUGGAGUCUGGGAGCUAAGGGAUUCCUAUCAACAGUUAGCAUGAUCCACAGUGAACGAAUGAAGCUUUUAGGGCCCGUCAUCAUGGGGGUGGGACUAUUCAUCCUCAUCUGUGCCAACACGGUCUUGUAUGAGAACCGCGAUAGAGAGACGCAGAUGCUGCUGGCUCAGAUGCGCAGUGUCAUCUGUUCUGUGUCUGCCGCCGUGCCCUCGGCAGAUCUUCAAGAAAUGGCAGUGUCCAUGUCCAAACAACACUGGGUGAGCAGUUUGCCAGCCGCCCAGCUCAACAGCUUCUGUCGUCAGCAGCUGGCGAGUUCGGAACCCCUGCUACAAACCAAAACGGAUUACCACCGGGGGGUUAGCGCAGAGGGCGUCUAUCGACAGCCAUUACUGCAGACGGAAGCGCUCCAUCAUCAAGAGUCGAUGACUCCUGCUUCAAGUCAUUCCUCCUCCUGUAAUUCCAGCCAGGUGGACGGCAACACGCAAUGUGAAACUGAGCUGAGCUUUAACACCCAAUCCAACACGGCACUUGUAAAGCUUAGUAACUGUCUGAUGUCCGCCAGCUCCAUGUCCACCUUGGGGUUGGAGGAUAUGGACAUUCCAGCCACUCAGCCUCGGCGCUGCCAAAGUAUGAGCUACAGGACUAAACCUUACGUAGCUCCAACUCUUUUGCAAAAAGAGAAUACCAUGAACAGAGAGGAAAGACACUCUGAUCAAAGGGAACUUCUUUCACGAGUUUGCAUUAACAUUCCAGGACAAAUGACGGAUGUCGCCGAGGAGCACACUCGCCAGAGCUGGCCUCGGCUAGACCUGGGCAUAGGGAGACGCUACUUAAAGCUGGAGAACAAAGAGGACUCGGUGGACAAACUACUGGACCAGUUAGAGCAACAGUGUUCCCAGUGGGAUAAAAGUUUUGGCUCAGGACCUUUUCAGUGA